UGUCAUUAAACCUAAAUAAAAUAAUAAAAAAACCGGGUAGUUUUACCAUUUUUGAAUUUGGAAAGAACGGAGCUCCGGAAUGUGGCGGCGAAACGCAUUUCAGGAAAAUCCAGAUUCUGAUCAGAGCAUUUCUGACGAGGACGAUUUCGACGAUGAUUUUCGAGAAAAUUGUGCUUCAUUAGGCGACCGCUUAGAAAAAGAGAAAGAGGAAAGAUUUCAACUCCAAUCAAGACCUGAAACACUUAAAGAAAAAUGUGAUAACAACCGCUCGUACCAUCAAGAACACAUAAGUUUUUGUCUUGAAGAGGAUGUUGAAGUGCCUGACUCUUCCGAUGAGGGCAACUGCUUCCCCUCUGAGAAGUUAUGUAGAAGAGUUUCCUGUGAGGAACUGGUCUCUUAUGGUUUCCUUGGACAGGAGAAUGUUAUGCGCUCAGAGACAUCCAUUGCUUCUGGUGCUAAAGAAUCUGAUCAUAGUUAUGGAAUUAAGGAUGGAAAUGGGGAAAAUGCAUGGUCUAUGGUAGCUAAAGAGGCUGAGGCACUAAUCAAUUUGGACAAAAAUGUUUCUAGCUUUUCUUCUGCCUCCAAAGCUGAUAAAUCUUAUAAAGGUGCCAAAAGCAAAAUUAAACCUCGAUUUUCAUUUCGCUUCCAAUCACAUAAAGGACUUUCUUGGCCUGCUACUUCAGAUAAUGAAAAUGAGGUGUCAACUAAGGCUGGUGAAAUGCCAGAAAGAUUGAAGGCCAGUGAUCAUGGAACCUUAGAGCAUUCAAUAGCUGAGGUUCUUGAAGAUUUCAAUGGAGAAGAGGAAAACCAGUUAGAGAUUGUUCCUGCUGAUGUAGAAGCUCAUGGUCAUGGAUUUAUUGAGCAUUCAAUGGCUGAGCUUUUAGAUGACCUUCAAGAUAAUACCAGUCUGCUAAGAGGGAAUUUUAAAAUGCAUAGCAGGGCAAGAGGAAAAAGGGUACAAGCUGCUCUCAAAAGAAGUAUAUGUUCACUCGGUGAUAGAACCAUUGAAAGUGAAGACCUCAAUGAGCCCUUCAGUGGUGGGUCAUCAAGCAAUGAUGAGGCUGAUUACCAAAAUCUAAAACUUGCUACCCCUGAGAUAAAGAAGCCAACUAUUUCAGAUAAGUUUCAGGAAGCCUUGGGUGCCACCUCCUUGACUGUUGAAGGCAUCUUUAUUCCUAGACCAGGAGCAUUCAGCACUGGACUAUUUGGAAAGUUGCAGCAGGUCAUGCAGCAAGAAAAGGAGACAGAUACGCAUUUUCUUAUGAAGUUACAGAAUGGAGCUAGCUUUAAAAAUGAGCCAAGCUGCAUUACCGUGAACAUUGUUUCAAGAUAUUUGGAUGCAAAGCUGACAGUCUGUUAUUGCUCUUUUGUCAAGACUCUAGAGGGUAUUUUGCAGCCAGAGAACCCCAAAAUAUUGGAAAAUGAAGGACAAAAAGUAACUGUUAUUUUCAAUCAAAGAAUAUGUGCCAAUGUUGACCUUGAAAUUGGAAAGUUGAUUUGCAUUCACCCCCCAUGGAAGGAAGUUGAUGUCACUGGUGAUGGCGAGAAAACAAUUUUAUCUACAUAUUUCUCUGACAUCUCACCGUAACUAAUUUGGGCAUGUCUUUGAGGAAGUGGCUUUUUACAUCAUUCGUUCGAGUUCUAGACAAAGUCAUAUGAUCGCUUGAAAUGAUCGAAAGAGCCAUGCAAUUCGUUCUGUAAAUAGGCAUAUAGUUAGAUUUUAUGUUAGGGAAUUAAUGGGAACUGAAGUUUCUAAUGGUAAUUUUCUAAGCAUAAUAUUUGUUAUUGCAGGAUCCUGUUAUAUAUAUAUAUGUGUGUGUGUGUGUGUUUAUUCUAGUGUUUGAAUUGUAGACCACUGUUUUUACUCUGGUUUUGAGCUUGGAUAUUGUAAAAGAAGUUAUAGAUGUCGAGAUACAAAGUAUUAUAAUGUAUUCGUGAUCAUUUACUUAAA